CUUGACGUGUUGUUCAGUGGUGAUAAAGGUACAUGGACUUGGUACCCUCGCUGCACCUCAGUAUGCCUCACCUCGCCAACUUGACGUGUUGUUCAGUGGUGAUAAGGACCAAGUACAUGGACUUCUUGCCGCACCUUAGUACACCUCACCUCAUCCAUCAUGACCCCAAGUCUCAUGUGUCUAGGCCUGUUGGAUUUCAGUUACCAGACACCAUGUUAUAUGAAAAGAUGUAAUGAUAAAGUGAAGCAAUACCUCUUUCUUUCCUGCCCAACCAAAACAAACUAGGGGAAAACAGCUUACUUUUGCUGGGGUACCUGUUGCAUCAGUCAUUCCUUCGACAUCUACCUUUUCAUUCCUCGUAGACAAGCCAUGACUCCUCUAAUGAUAUAUGACAGAAACAUAACACAGCAUCAGUUAUUUCAAUUUACAAAGUUCGCAGGAAAAUGCUAUGAACGUAGAAAGUUCACUGAUGAAUUCAAUUAAAUCCUCUAAAACAUGAAAACCCACCCAUUAGGUUCAAAUUAUUUUGAAGAAGUCAGUUGCCUGUUUAUCCUCUCAGAAACAAUGUCAAAGAACUUUCUGCACAUACCUCAUUGGCAACAGUAGACACCUCCUUCAACCCAUCCACUUUUGCGACGGAAUCUGAUACAAGAUAUAGCAAUAGGAGAGAAUAAUUUCCAAAACUGCUUUCAUUUUUCUAAUUAUGUUGGUUGUUAAUCUUAGGCUGUAAAGUACACACGAUAACAAUCCUAUAUAGCUGAUUCUUGAAUGUGAAGGAAUUGUAGAUUGACUUAAUUAUAUGGCAAUUGAGCUUCCUUUGUAAAUUGAUUGAAACAGUUUGCAGGAAAGAAUCUAAUAAUGGAAUAUGGUAAGUGAAUUCUACCAAGUAACUUUACAUAUUGUUGAUGCAAGCAAAUACACCUUUGGGUUAUCUGAUAAAUCAAAGAUUCUUCAGUUCUACUACAGGUCAACAUCGCGUGAGUUACGAAGGCUGGACAGUGUUUCUCGUUCGCCAAUUUAUGCGUCAUUUACUGAGACACUAGAUGGAUCAUCAACUAUAAGAGCAUUCAAAUCAGAGGAGUUAUUCUUGGCCAGCUUCACUGAGAAUGUGACCUUGUAUCAACGGACUUCUUACUCAGAGAUAAUUGCAAGUUUGUGGCUUUCCCUACGUCUUCAGUUGUUAGCAGCAUUUGUUGUCUCAUUUGUUGCUGUGAUGGCUGUUAUUGGAUCCCAUGGACACCUCCCCAUCAAUCUAGGUACUCCAGGGCUGGUAGGCUUGGCUCUUUCUUAUGCAGCUCCAAUUGUAUCUUUACUGGGAAGCUUUUUGACGAGCUUCACUGAAACAGAGAAGGAAAUGGUAUCUGUUGAGAGGGUUCUUCAGUAUAUGGACAUCCCUCAAGAAGAACUUCAUGGAUGCCAGUCGAUAGAUCCAGAUUGGCCGCUUCAGGGGCAUAUCGAGUUUCAGAAUGUGACACUUAGAUAUAUGCCUUCUUUGCCUGCUGCAUUGCGUAAUCUUACUUUUACCAUUCCGGGAGGAACACAGGUUGGAAUUGUUGGAAGAACUGGUGCUGGCAAAUCUAGUGUCUUGAAUGCAAUAUUCCGUCUCAACCCAAUAUGUGAAGGGUGUAUUGUAGUAGAUGGCAUAAACAUAGAUGAUGUUUCUGUGAGAGACCUUCGCUCACAUUUCGCUAUUGUUCCACAGACUCCAUUUUUGUUUGAAGGAUCAUUAAGGGAUAACUUAGAUCCAUUCCGGGUGAUUGAUGACUUAAAAAUUUGGAAGACCCUAAAGAAAUGUCAUAUCGAGGAGGAGGUCAAAGAAGGAGGGGGACUGGACAUGCAUGUAAAGGAGUCUGGAACAUCGUUUUCUGCUGGCCAGCGACAGCUCCUUUGCCUAGCACGUGCAUUUCUCAAAUCUUCCAAGGUCCUAUGUUUGGAUGAAUGCACAGCCUGUGUAGACACUCAAACAGCUUCGAAACUACAGAAUGUGAUAGCUAGUGAAUGCAGAGGCAUGACGGUGAUCACAAUUGCUCACCGCAUUUCCACAGUUUUAAACAUGGACAAUAUCUUGAUUCUUGAUAAAGGGACCCUGGUUGAACAAGGAAACCCACAGGUUCUUCUGCAGGAUGAGUUGUCCAGAUUUUCGAGUUUCGCUAAAGCUUCGACAAUGUAAUACCUAACAAAUACUGCUUGUUCUAGAUGUAGUGAUCGUGCGGGGCACCAGUAUUUGUGUUUUACAUUGUGAAUAACAUCCUUGUACUAAAUUGUAUGUUGCAUCAAAGUGGAUUCUGUCUGUUGUCUCAACCAGGAGGGCUGAGUAUUUGGGUUGAACUUGCUUGAUCACAUCAUAUCUUGCAAAUUUGAGAAACAGUCUCUAAUAACUGAAUUCUUUGGAGGUAUUAUCUUAAGCUA